AUGGGUUCUCUAUCUCUCUACCCUCAUCUUCUAUCAACAAACAAUUCGAAGUUCAAUUCCUCCAAAACCCUAUUUUUCUUUAGCUGCUCCAGUCAUGGAAAACCUGAACGCGUCGCUUUGUUCAAGAACACUUCGCGAAUGACUCGAAUUUUCUGUUCAUCUUCCUCAAAGGACGGUUCUAAUCCCAUCCCUGCGGGCGAUGACGUUCCAAGCAGCAAUUUCUGCAUUAUAGAAGGACCAGAGACUGUUCAGGAUUUUGUUCAGAUGCAGCUCCAGGAAAUCCAGGACAAUAUAAAGAGUAGGCGCAAUAAGAUUUUUCUCCUUAUGGAAGAGGUACGGAGGCUACGAAUUCAACAACGCAUAAAGAGUGUCAAAGUCAUUGAUCAGAAUGGGGAAGAGGAAAAUGAGAUGCCUGACAUCCCCUCAUCCAUCCCCUUUCUCCCUCACGUGACCCCGAAGACAUUGAAGCAGCUUUACCUGACAAGCUUUUCAUUCAUAUCUGGAAUAAUUGUCUUUGGGGGUCUCCUGGCACCAACUUUGGAGCUGAAAUUAGGCUUAGGAGGCACCUCAUAUGAAGAUUUCAUACGCAGCAUGCAUUUGCCUAUGCAAUUGAGUCAGGUGGAUCCUAUAGUGGCAUCCUUUUCUGGUGGGGCAGUGGGUGUAAUUUCGGCAUUGAUGUUACUAGAAGCCAACAAUGUUGAGCAGCAAGAGAAGAAAAGGUGCAUGUAUUGCCACGGAACAGGAUACUUGGCAUGUGCCCGCUGUUCUGCAAGUGGUGUGUGCUUAAAGAUUGAACCCAUUUCAGUUGUAAGUGGUUCUGAUCGCCCAUUGCAAGCACCCACUACUCAAAGGUGUCUAAAUUGCUCAGGAGCCGGAAAGGUUAUGUGCCCAACAUGCCUGUGUACGGGGAUGGUGAUGGCUAGUGAACAUGACCCACGAAUAAAUCCAUUCGACUAG